CGAUUCGCUUUUCACUCUCGUCUCGGAGAUUUGUUUCCUUAAAGAAAACGAAGAAGGAAGCGAGAUGGCGAGCGAGCUGAUCAACCGGCGACACGAGGCGGAUCAACCCGCAGCCGAUGCGUACUACCCGAGACCUACCAAACCGUGGCUCUCCGCCACCCGCCCGAUGCGUUACAUGCUGCGCGAACAGAGACUCAUCUUCGUCAUCGUCGGAAUCGCAAUCGCGACAUUAGCGUUCACAAUCUUCCCUCGCUCCACCCGAUCCAUCUCUUAUUCCGAUCCGUUCUCCGGCUACGGAAUCAAACCCGAGGAGUCGUACGUUCCGGCCCAGAGGAGGCCCAGCGUCGAGUACACGAGCCGGAUCGGGUCAACGGGCGGGAAAAUCCCGCUCGGAUUGAAACGCAAGGGGCUGAGAGUCGUGGUCACCGGCGGCGCGGGGUUCGUGGGGUCGCAUCUGGUGGAUCGGUUGAUGGAGAGAGGAGACACGGUGAUCGUCGUGGAUAACUUCUUCACGGGGAGUAAAGAGAACGUGAUGCAUCAUUUCGGUAACCCUAACUUCGAGCUCAUACGCCACGAUGUGGUGGAGCCGAUUCUUCUUGAGGUGGAUCAGAUCUAUCAUUUGGCUUGCCCUGCUUCCCCUGUUCACUACAAGUUCAAUCCCGUCAAGACUAUCAAGACGAAUGUGGUUGGGACGUUGAACAUGCUUGGUUUGGCGAAGAGAGUCGGUGCUAGGUUUCUCCUGACGAGUACUAGUGAGGUUUACGGUGAUCCUCUUCAGCAUCCUCAGGUCGAGACUUACUGGGGCAACGUUAAUCCCAUCGGUGUUCGUAGUUGCUACGACGAAGGAAAGCGUACGGCAGAGACGUUGGCCAUGGACUAUCACCGUGGAGCCAAUGUUGAGGUCAGGAUUGCUAGGAUCUUCAACACCUACGGUCCAAGAAUGUGUAUAGAUGAUGGACGUGUUGUCAGCAACUUUGUUGCGCAGGCACUAAGGAAAGAACCGUUGACUGUUUAUGGUGAUGGGAAGCAGACACGAAGUUUCCAGUUUGUUUCUGACCUGGUCGAAGGUUUGAUGAGAUUGAUGGAAGGAGAACAUGUCGGGCCAUUUAACCUUGGGAACCCUGGUGAAUUCACCAUGCUCGAGCUUGCUAAGGUGGUUCAAGAGACUAUAGAUCCAAACGCAAACAUAGAGUUCAGACCAAACACAGAAGACGACCCUCACAAGAGAAAGCCUGACAUCACAAAGGCCAAAGAGCUUUUAGGAUGGGAACCAAAGGUGUCUCUUCGUCAGGGACUCCCUCUCAUGGUCAAAGACUUCCGUCAACGUGUCUUUGGUGACCUGAAGGAAGGCUCCUCCGCGACUGCAACAACCACCAAAACAACCUCAGCUUGAGCAAACGCAGUUGCAUGUAGCUGCCAUUGUGGUUUAUAACCAGAAAUCAUAAGCCACAAUGUGGAGAGAAAGAGAGCUUCGUUUCAUAAGAUUUAUUUUGUUCUUGAUUUUUCUAUUUUGAUAUUAUAUUCGUGUAACGUAGAGUAAGGGUGGUUGCCUUUACUUAUA